AUGAAAAACGUCACCCUCCUCUUCGCCAUCAUCGCCGCGCUCUUCGUCGGCGCGCACGCCGCCCGCGAGACCCCGCAGGCCGUCUCCCUGGACGCACGAUCCACCGCCGAGGGAAUCCACGUCAUGGAGCUCACGCAGGACUUCCUGGCCGUCGCCGCGCACAAGUUACCUUACGGGAACCCAAACACCGGGGACUGCAUGGCGGGCGAGCAGAAGGUGUCCAUUCAGGGCAUCCCCGGCUCCUUUUGCUCCCCCGCGUGCUCCCCCACGCAGCCGUGCCCCGCGGAUAAGUACCACCUCGCCACGGCCGAGGGCCAGUGCGUGCUCCAGACCCCGGGCGCGUCCAAGCCGUCGCAGUGCGCGCUCAUCUGCGAGCCCAACGGCAUGUACCCCAACGGUGGAUGCCCCAUGUCCGCCAAGUGCCAGCCCAUCCAGGGCCUCGGCAUCUGCACCUACCCCGGCCCCGCCGCCGAGCAGACCCUCGAGGCGUCCAACUAA